GACUGCAGCUCAACUUGCUCCUACCUGUUGUUGCUCCUAGUCGAAUCCGGACUAGAUUUCUCCUGUUUCCACCCGAGAGCGCUGUUUUCUCGGCCACGAAACUUUUUCGAUUCAUCCCAUUUCGCCUGUGAAAUCCGUCGAAAAUGGGGAAGAGAACGUCUCGUCCGCCCGCUACGAAAACUUCCUCCGCCGCGGUUUCCGGCAGCUCCAACGCGGGGAAUAAGUCUUCGAUCCUACGGGCAUCCUUUGCGCCGUCGGACUAUCAAUUGGCGCUUUUCGCUUCGGUAAUCCAGGGUCUGGAGGGCCACCACAUUCGAAUUCACGACACAAAUACCGGCCGGUUACAGUGUGAGCACGUCCUGGGCCCGCGGGAGACGGUGACUUCCCUGGACUGGGGCUAUUAUCAGAGCAAGCCAAAGGAACAGCCCAAGAAGAAGAGAAAGCGCCACUCCGGCGCCAAUGGUGGCGCUGAUGGAUUCGACCAGGGCGACGUAGUCGUUGCGUUUGGUACAAGCGCUUCCGACAUCCGGUUUUACUCCCCGACGGAGGACAAGAUCGUGGGAACUCUAUCAGGCGGACACGAUAAAGGGGUGAAGGAUUUCAAGUUCACCUUCAACCGACCCGGUCAGGAGGGAUGGAGUAUCGGCGGAGACAACAAACUCGUACAAUGGGAUCUGCGUACUGGGAAACCCACGAAGACGAUCCCCAUGCCCUCAUCAUCGGUGCUCUCCGGUCUUUCGCGCCCGCUCCCUUCUAACCCGCCCGUUAUCUGUGCAUCCGAGAAACCGUACAUUGUCGACGUGGAAAAUGAUGUGCCUCCCACUUCCUUCUCGGACAUGCGCAAUCCGAUCCAGAAUAUCCUCACCUCUUCUACAGAAUCCGCAGCCGCAGGACUAUUCCUGGCGUCCGAUAACGACCGGUUCCUCAACAUCUAUGAUCCCCAGAGCCAGAAACUCCUCAUGAACCUCGUCGCCGACAACGAAGUGUCCUCGCUAUCCUUGUACAACGGCGCAGAAAAGGAUGAUGCUGAUGCGUCUCUCGAGAAACAAGUCCUGGCCGUUGUCACCGAGGAUGGCACCAUCGAACUCUUCACAAGACCAUUCGUGAAGCCCAACGAGGCGCAGAGCUCCAAGGCCUCCAGUUUGAAGGCGAAACGUCAGCUUGCCACCAAGCGAGCCGAGUCCUCCAUCAAGCUCGUUCGUUCCGAAGGCUCGAAUGCGCUUGCUUCCGUGGUCCAGGUGCAAUUCCAGGGCUCCGACCUGAUUGUCGCCUGUGCCGAAGGAGGUGCCAUUCCAGUUUUCGAGCGAAUCAAGUGGCUCAACGAGGAGACGGACGAGCUGGCGUUUGUCGGUACGAAGACGAUUGCCAAGACCCAAUCUGCCCAUAUCCUUGGAUCGGUGACUACCAACGGGGCCAAGAGCGCUCGCGAGACCCAGGUUGACGAGACCAAGGCGGGCGUGGAACAGGGAGCCUUUGCGGAGGACGAUAUCGAAAUGGAAGACUCGAAAGAGGAUGCAGCUUCUGUCGCUGACAGCGAGGAGGAGGAUUCAGACGAUGAUGUUCAACAGCCCGAGAAAUCCACGAAGGUGGCCCAGAAGCAGAAGGAGGGGGCCGACAGCGACGUUGAUAUGGACAACGCCCAAGGAUCGGACCAGGAAGAUGAGGAGGAAGAAACAGGAGAACCAUCCUUCGGCGAGCUUAUGCGGGCCCACACUGCGGGCGAGAUCGAUGUCGAAGCCGAGCUGGAGGAUGGAGUGCGCAUCGGGUCUCUCGUCCCCGGCAAGCCCAGCGCCGCCAUUCAGCCAGUCCCCACGGGAGUCUCGUUAUCCACCGUCCUGUCGCAGUCCCUCAAAACCAACGACAACUCCAUGCUGGAGUCAUGCUUCCACACCGGCGACGUUUCCAUUAUCCGAACCACCAUCCAGCGACUCGAGUCGUCUCUUGCUGCUACUCUUCUCCAGAAACUGGCGGAGCGCAUUUCCUCCCGCCCCGGCCGAUACGGACACCUCUUGGUGUGGGUGCAAUGGACGUGUGUUGCCCACGGAGGCGCGCUCGCCGGCAAAACGGACCUUCUCAAGCGGAUGGCGACCCUUUUCAAGGUCAUGGACCAGCGCUCCUCCAGCCUCCCGUCGUUGCUCUUGCUCAAGGGCAAGCUUGACAUGCUGGAUGCGCAACUGGGAUUGAGAAAAUCCAUCCGCAGCGGGGCUGAGGACAUGGACAGCGAAGAUGAAGACAACAUCAUCUACGUCGAGGGUCAGGAAGAAGAGGAGGACAGCGACGCCGAGAACAAGCACAACGCCACACCACGGACCAAGUUGAUCCGCGACCAAACGUUCGACGAGGACGAAUCGAUGGUGAACGGCGUGCACUCGGGUAUCGACGAUUCCGACAACGAGGAGGAUGAAGACGAAGAGGACGAGAACGAGGACGUGCUGGAUGUCGAGGCCGAAGAAUCCGCCGGCUCGUCGGACGCCGAGGAGUCGCCGGACGAGGACGAGGACGAUGAAGAUGCCGAGAGCGUCGGAUCGAUGGCGGACUUCAUUGCGGACACCGAGGACGAGGCGUCGGACGACGAAGGGGCCGCCUUAUCUCAACAACCGCCGUCUAAGAAGGCGAAGUUGGGAGGAAAGGGGAAGAACAAGGCCAGGACAUAGAUUAGAGCAAUGUUUAUACCCUGAUCUUUCUCCGCUUUGGUUUUGUUUCUUGUGUCUUUUUUGGCUUUUUGAUCACCUCAUUUCCUGAUCUCUUAUUUCUCUCAUUGUCAAUCUGGAUUUCUACAAAAGUAAGGAAUACAUUAUUCAUUCUUGUGUUUUUAUUUUCUAUCUCUGUCGGUGUUUCUCCCCAAUUUAGACCGGGACUCUUUUUUCAUUUCCCUUUUUUUACUUGUCGUCCUGCUCGAACCAAUCUACCUGCUCUCUGCACCUACUUGUACUGUACUCAUGCUUGCAUCCGCUCCGGAUCCACCUAUCUAUAUAGUGAUCCUAAUCAACCAAC